AUGUGAGGCAUUUCGGUCCCCUGCCUCCGGAGUGCACGACGCAGCAUUUGCGAGGCGCUCAGCCCUUUCAUUGGCUCAUGUGUCUGUCGAUCGACAAUGAGGGCCCGCCCACCCUAGUAUAUAUGUGCGGUGCCUUCUUCUCCUCUCUCCAGCGUCUGAUUGUUAACGAAAAGAGAACUGUCUAGCUUUCAAAUGGUUGUUCAAGUGAAUCAGCGAACGCGCAGCAGCAGCAAGACGAUGGAAGGAAACCAGCAAAGAGCAGAAGCAAAUAUUUUGUUAUUGGGAGCAGAAAACGUGGGGAAAUCUGCACUCACAGUGAGAUUCCUCACCAGAAGGUUCAUUGGAGAAUACGGUGAUAUAGACUCUAUAUACAGCCACAGCGAUAAAAUUGACGGACGGGAUAUCGGUUUCAACAUCUGGGACGCCUCAUACUCCCAGGGUGGAGAUGAGGUCGGGCACAUAGGCGAGCGACAGCUCCAGUGGGCGGACGGCGUCAUCAUGGUCUACAGCAUCUGUGACCGGGCUAGCUUCAACGUGGUGCGGCAACAGGUGCAGCGUAUCCGGCAAGCCAAGAAUAAACUGUCCGGCGCCGUACCUAUCAUCAUCGUGGGCAACAAACGGGACCUCCAACACCGCCGAACCGUUUCCAGCGAGGAGGGUCGCCUGCUCGCGCUCUCCGCGGACUGCGGAUUCUUCGAGAUCUCCGCCGCGGAAACGUAUCACGGGGUGCUGUUGGUGUUUCACGAAAUGUUCGAGCUGAUCCGUGAAGCAAGAGCCUUGAAGAAAGGCACCGCCGGAUUCCGAGGCAUAGUGAGGAGCAUGUCGGCGGUGUUUGGACGCAAGCGAACGGAGUGAGACUGUCUGUCUGUUUCUGAAAAGUCCACGUUCAGUCUGGGCGACUGCUGUGAGAUCUACGGCGAAAGCACUAAAUCAGGGAGAGCGUCUAAGCAUUCGUCCUACUGCCAGUAUGGUAACACUGGGACAGAUCUAUGCUGUAGCAUGGACGUAUUGGACCCUAACUAAAGAGCCGCGUCAGAAGGUUUUUAGAUCAGGGGAAAGUCAUCUAUUGUUAUUAGAUCACUGGUCCUAAGUCAGUAAGUUAAAGGAGAAACAUGAAGUUGUCCACAAGCAGCAUAGCUGUGCAGUGAAGUGAUGCACUAUGAAGGAUCCAGAUGAAGGUGCUUCUUAACCUCCACCUAUGCAAGUGAAAAUGAUUGCCUACUCAAAGUGACUCGGCUCGCAUCCAUCCACUAGGAUCCUAGCUAGAUGGCUGUUCUCUCUCUGUCUCAUUUGGGUGUCCAAUUAUGUGAUCAAAUGAGUCUAAUGCCUUUCUUAUAUGAAUACACAGCUUGAGUUCUGUUUAUGUUUAAUCCAGUGGCGAUGUAAACCAUGUUUAGGAUUACAUUCCAGACGAGUUCCGUGUAAGGCUGUUGUAACGCCUAGGCAGAAAUGCAUUCUAACACAUAUCAAACCUCACUGGCUAUAUAUAUAUAUGCUCAGUGGCCAUGCGUCAUAGCAUCUGUGAGAUGUAAUGUCGUAGGAAUGAACGUAGAGUUUGGCUCAGCCACGCUGUGUUCUGGUUUACUACAGCCUAAUGUACCUGCAGUAGCUGGAAGAAUCCUGCCCAGAUUAGGGCCAGAUGAAGCCUGACAAUGUUUGAGGUUCAUUGGUCACCUGGGCGGAACAUUUGACCUGCUGGGAUGGUCUGUUCUAAACUGAUCUGAUUUGGUUUGGAUUUCUUUAAUCUGCUGUUAAUUUGAAGUUUAUAUGAUCUGUGAUUUUAUAAACAUGACAGCUGUAUUAUUUUGACUAUUUCUCUUUUCAAGGUGAAGAUGAUGUUUAUUCUACUGUUUAUAUUGCCAGAGAGAUUAUUUCUGUACAUAGUAUUUAUAGUGUUGAGGUCUUUAUGUAAAUAUUACAAUUUUGUAAUAAAACAACAAAACAAUUCAAUCUGCCUUCUUUCAAAUUGCUUCCCUGAUAAGCAGGACUCACUUUCAGCUUACUGAGAGUGUGUUUG